UUUUGAAUAAGACCAAAACUAUACUAAUAAACACUAGCUUUACUUUCUCUCUCUUCAAAUCCAUUAAUAUUUCUUCAAAGUUGUUUGUUUUUAUUUGCCUCCAAGCAAAACAUCAUAAACAAGAAUCAUGGUGGAUGAAGAAGAAAUGAAGUGGCCAGCAUGGUUGCAACCACUUGUCCAAACAAGGUUCUUUGUUGAAUGUAAAGUUCAUGCAAAUUUGAAUAAAAGUGAAUGCAAUAUGUAUUGUUUGGAUUGUAUGAAGGGAGGUCUUUGUUCAACUUGUCUAGCUUCUCAUAAACAACACAAAGUUAUUCAGAUAAGAAGGUCUUCAUACCAUGAUGUGAUAAGAGUAUCUGAAAUCCCAAAAACAGUGGACAUAAGUGGAGUUCAAACAUACAUUAUAAAUAGUGCAAAGAUUGUGUUCUUGAAUGAAAGACCUCAACCUAGGCAUGGGAAAGGAGUCACCAAUACAUGCCAUGUUUGUGAAAGAACCAUUCUUCAUUCAUUCACAUUCUGUUCCAUUGGUUGUAAGAUAGUUGGAACCUCCAAGAAAUUUCAAAAGCAAAAAAAGUUAAGUGAAGAAGAUGGUUCAGAGGGUGAGGAAUCAAGUGAUAGAAAGAGUAACAAAAUUCAGAGUUUUACACCUUCAACUCCACCACCUUAUAGAAUAGCUAAGAGGAGGAAGGGGAUUCCACAUAGAGCUCCAAUGGGUGGAAGCUUCUUGUAGAAUAUUGUUGAAUUUGAUAAAAUCACACCAAUUUACUUUAUUAUAAUUUUUAAUAAAGUUAUGGUACUACUGGAAUUUUAUCAA